AUGAGCGGUUAUUUGUUGCAAAUACACAAUUCGUUGGAGACAAGAAAAGAAAAGCAACCCUCUAAAAAAAUCAGGAGGUCACCUAGUAAUGAAACACAAAAAGAAAAUAAAAAUGAGGAAGUUAAAAUAUUGUACAGUGAAGACAGUCAGAUGUUAUCUAUGGAUGGAUCUUCCAGUAAACUAGUUACGAAUAUUGAAGAAAAACUUCAACAAGUUGAAGAAAAAAUAGAAACUGUGGAUUCCAAUAAAAAUCCGCCGUUAAAUUUUUACAACUCUGUUGAAGUACAAGUGAAUAUGGAUAUGGACAUGAAUACAAAUAUAAAUCGUCCAGAAGUAUGUGAGUUUUGCCCUGGAACAGAUCAAACAAGGGUAGCAUCGAUUCAAGUGGAACCACCAAAGGAAGAAACUGCACAGGAUGUUUUACCAUCUGAAUCAUCAGAUCAUGAAGCGAAACUGCUGAAGUAUAUUUAUUUGAUGUAUUUAUUUUUUAGCAAUAUCAUUCAAAAUACCGAUUCAGUUUUAAGCUGCGAUGUUAAAAGGAUGAGCUUGGAACCUUCCCGGGAAAAUACGAGACAACCUUCGUGCGGAUGCCUUCAAAAACGAACCAAUUUGCCGUGCAAGUGCGAGUUUGUUGAGAAUGAAAUUCUAAAUAUAGCAGCUUUAAAAAAAAAUCAAAACACCACCUGCAGUUGCAACACCGAGAAUGUUCCAUUGGUGUUGAGAGAGAAAGUUACAAACUUGUUCGAAAUAAAGGAAAAUAUAGAAGAACAUUUAAAACACUUGGAUAACGAUGAUGCCAAAAUAGAAUUUUUAAGGAAAUUGCCGGAAAUAUACAGCUCCUUUUUAAGUGAUACGGACAUAAACAUUUUGGACCUUUAUAAAUCCUUUCAGCUGGUGGGCGCGAACAGACCCCACGAACCUGACCCUUUGAGCAAGGCGUCCGCAGACAAACUGUUUGAAAUCGACGAUAAAAUUUACAAAUCCUUUGUAAAUCCGAAAGGAGUAACACCAGGGAUUGCGGACGAUGCGGCAGUUGUAGCUGAGUCGAGUUCCACGGUUCCGUAUAUAGAUAAACGAAAAAGAAAUAGUCCAGAUAUAAGGAAAUAUAUUCCGAAAAAUUUCUACAUAUGCCAGGCAUCUCAAUGCAACUUAGUUAUUGAUCAAUGUCUCAGCAAAAAUGCCUCCGAUGAUAAUUCUGCAAGAUUGGAAUUUUUUUCGAAAAAAACUUCUCGAAAAAACCGCAAGGAAUACUUGAAGCAAGAAGAUGAUAUUAUUUUGGAAGAAACGUUUAAACAACUGCCAAAAACAAUAUCCAAUGUGACCGGAAUGGAAAAAGAGAUCGCAAAUUUAUCUUUGGAUGAUUUCAAUAAAACUGUUCCCGCUGAAAAACCAAUUUCAACGCAUAUCAAAAGUGAACCGGCAGAGUCCGUACACCAUUUACUUCACAGAUCGUUAAGCAAACUUCAACAAACAUAUAAGAAUAAGAGAAGCCAGCAUGAAUUAUUAAAGAAGUCUAAUGCUAGCAUCGUUUCACAGGAAAAAACAAUGUCAAAUCAAAGUAUCGAGCAAGAAAUAAUUAACAAAAGUGGCUCAAUCAAUGAUCCCCAGAAGACAAGUUCAAACAAAAUGAUUGAAAUAAACAGUGGUAAGGAGAAAAUUACUCUAAAUGAUGAAUACAUCCAGGAAAAAAUAGACAGUAAGCUGAGUAAAAUGAAGGAAAAUCUGCCGUCGGAUGAGUCGGUCGAAGUUGAUGAGAUUAGCAUUAGUAUAAGCUACUCCACUGAAGAGUCCAUAACGCCAUUAUCAGUUAAAAAACCCCCUCACAGCUUUCAGCCGGUGUACACUUUGGAUAUUACCUAUGCUAAUAUAAAGAAAGACGAAGUGGAAAAAAAUAAGGAAGAAGAGAAACCCAAAGAGAUUGUUGUUAAAAAGCAAUCAUCGAAAAUUAGUACUAAACAAAGUGUAGAUGAUUCUACUGGUUACGUGAAAUGUUGUAACCGCAGUAAAAAGAAAAAGGUUAAAGACGAAGAAAUUUCUUUGAAAACAUUAUCAAAUGAGACAAUGAUGCAUGUAGAAGAUUUGGAUAAUUUAACCAGAGCACGGAUAGACGAUCAAAUGAUAGACAUACAAAAUAGCGAGCUGCCAAGAAUAUUUCAGAAAGCGUUGGAAGAAGCCAAUAAAGAUGUUAAGGAUUUGAAAAGCGCUGAUCCGACAAAAAGUAAAGUAGAAACUUUCACCAGAGUUUUAACCGAACCACAAUCAAGUCAGCUAUCUACAAAUGUCACAAGCCGUAUGGAGUUACUGCAGAGAACAAACUCUGAUAAUGACUUGUAUUACAACCCCUUGGUGGCCAACACAAAUCCGCAAACAAGACGAAGUACUGUUAAAAGAGAGCCAACUGUCGUCGAUUUCAGUAAAAUGAAUAGCUUCCAAGAGGCUCAAAAUAACAUGGUUUUAAUAGGUGAUCAGAACAUUCAACAAGUGUCCAAAACAAAAAAAUCCACUUCUUUUGAGGAAAGAAGGAAAAGCAUGCCAAAAAUUAAAACUUUGGUGAACGAACCCACACAAAAUUACAUGGUUUUAAUCGGAGAUCAGAAAAAAGAACACAAAAUGAGGAAGUCCACUUAUGUUGAGGAAAGAAAAAAAAACAUGCCCAAAGUGAAAUCUUUGUUCAUUAAUAAUAACAAACCAUAUCACAGCAGCACUAGCGAAUCCGUUAGUUUAAGACCAAAAAAACGCCAAAGGAGACUCACAAUACCACACAACAUUCCAGAAGACCUUUCAGAAGGAAAAAAUAUAGAGAACAACUCAAAAAAUCCGAAAUUAACGUUCAAAAUCACAGAGCCUUCUACAAUAAUUGGGUUUCUUAUUACAUACAAGAUAAAUUAA